AUGCGCUACCUGGGGAGCCUAUUGCGGGACGGAGGGGACGGGGUGCGGCGGGACGCGGCGCGGGCUGUGAAGUUAUUUGAGCGGGCGGUUGAAGAGCACGGUGAUGUCGAGGCGAUGGUGGCGCUCGGCGACAUGCUAGUGCGAGGCACGGACAGGGUGCGGAGCAACGCGGGUCGCGCGGCGCGGUUGUACGAGCGCGCGAUCGAGACGCAGCAAGAUCGGGACGCUAUGUUGAGCAUGGCAGUCCUGCUGAGGGACGGGGGGAACGGGUUGCGAGGGAUGCCACGCGGGCCUCGAGGCUGUUCGAGGACGCCAUGGAGGGGCGCAAUGAAGACGAAGUGGUGGAGCUUCUCGGGAAACUGGUGCGGGAGGGAGUCAAGCUGAGUCGGGCGUAACUGGGGGACACGGGACACGAACCACUGGGACUCUUGCGCCAUGGCUGCUUCGAAAGUGUUGUAUGAAGUCACGCAGCAACACUGGCGCGUUAGUCGACGCACACGACCCACGCUGCUUCCCCUCUUAUGUACACCAGCCCGGUUCAUUCCCCUUUCUCAUAAACAGGUCUUGUGUCUUGUCGUCAAA